AUCAGUAAUUUCAGUUCUUCGAACACUUUUACAUAACAAAAUGAAACAAUUUUUAGUGCUUUUGGCUUUGGCUUGUGCCGUUGUGGCAAUGCCAUCAAUUGAGUAUCUUAAUUCAAAUGAAUUUGCACAACAGUUUGAAACGGAGGAGCAACUAAGAGAUUUUAUAGGCGAUAUUAUCAACAGCACUCUAAAUGGGGCCAUUUCUAAGAUGUCUGAUCCCAUGACAAUUGCUGAUAUACACAUGGACCAGAACUCUGAGGCUCUAGCCGGAACCAUUGAUAUUAAAGACAUUGCUAUCUCUGGUAUACAUAAGAUAGUAUCCACUGCCGUAUCAACCAAUCUCAUCACGCAACAACUGAACAUAUCAGUUUUGGUUCCUGAUCUUACUAUCAACUUCGGAGCUGCCGUCAACGUAGUGGUUCUGGAGCUGGUACCACUUUACGGUAGUGGAAAACAAAACAUCAAUAUUGGAGAUGUGAAACUAUCAAUAAAUGCCGUAGCCGAUCUCUCAAAAAUACCCAAAAUUCAAGUUUCGAAGGUGGACGUAGUUUUGAACGUAGGAUCUAUUACAUUCAACUUGAAUGGUCUCUUGGACAACCCAGAAUUCACAGCUUUGGUCAAUACUCUUCUCAACGACAACGUGGCUAAAUUCAUCGAUGAGCAUGGUAACUUUUUGAUGCCAAUUAUCGACGAUGCCAUCAAAACUCUCAUUAACUCUCUUUUUGCUUAGGCACUGCCAAGAUGCAGUCAGAAACAAUGCCGAACCAUUUUAGAAGGUUGUGGGGAUUUUUGUUUCCUUAGUGAAUCUGUUUUUGUAAUUUAUAGAACAUAUUACACACUGUAUUGAAAUAAUACUGAAUAUUGUGUAAAUAAAUAAUAAAUAAUGA